AUGGAGAUUUGUGUCACAUUCGCAAUUUUCUAUAUGGGGAUGUUCUACGUUCAUGACCUGCAAGCAGCAACAACACAGAGCACGUUGUAUUCAUCAGGAUCAACAACAGCUGAGAGAAUAAUCACAUUAUCAGAAACAACAACUUCAUCCACUGAGGAAAUGUCAACUACAGACAAAACUUCUCUGACUCCAACAUCAUUGCUAUCAACGACAUUCACAAAAGAAAAACUAUCAUCAAAGACUGAAACGCCAACAACAUCUACUGAAAAAAUUACCACAUCGACCACGGUGUUACCUGAAACAACGACAUCAACAACUGAAAAACUAACAUCAACGGCUAAAACGCCAACCACAUUGACCGAAAAGAUAACCUCGACUGAAAAUGUGUCAACAGUCAUACCAUUUGUCACACAAAUGACAAAAUCAGAUAACAAAGAAGAAGUAAUCGCUGCACUAGGUACCAUUGCUGGUGUCUCUUUAUUAGCCAACGUGAUAUUGUCUAUCCUGUUGUUUAGAAACUGUAGACGAAUAUCUGGUGACAUCGACACAACGCCAAUUUAUUCGAAUGAAAAUAUUCAGCAUACUGAUCAAACAGAAAUGUACACAGGGCUGGACGUAAAGGAAGAUGGUUCUGUAUACCAGACAUCAUCUUCCCAAGUCAAGGGUUUCUGA